CAAACCACGACAUGCUCCCAGGCACGUUUUCGUUUUGAAAAACCACGCGUGUGGGGGCAACGUUGAAAUUAAAUGAAACUCCCGGUGGCAGUCGAGUAAUAAUAUGUUGUAGACACUACAGGUCUUUCGAUUCAUAACAGACAGCGGCGUGUGAAGGAAUUUAUAAAAAAAAAAAAAAAAACUAAAACCACCCACCGUUUUUCCCCUCUUAACCGGCAACUAACUAACACUUCUCUUCAUUCUCGGACCCGAUGACCGACUCCGAGGAAUUGACUGCGUUGAAGAAGGCCUACGCCGAUAUAAUACUGAAUACGGCGAAGGAGGCGGCGGCGAGGAUAAUGGUCUCGGAGAGGAAAGCGCAACGGUUUCAGCGUGAGCUGUUUGCAGCCAAAGACGAGUCGCUGCGUCUGCUUCUUAGGCUCAAACAGAUGGUGAGUGAAGCAGAAAUGAGAUCCUUGAGUCAACAGAGAAGGAUUGAAGAGCUAGAAGCCCAACUUGGGGAAGCUGAGGAUAUAGUAAAAGACCUUAGAGCAGAGUUGAGAGAACUACAGGAUGAAUUGGAAAAGGUGACAAACAGCCAGAUGCAGCCUUUGGGUGAACAAAAUUCAGAGGGCGAAAAUGCUACUCAGGUAAUUGCAUUCGAGGAUAAUAGACCAAGUACUUCUGGGUUAGCUCAUUUGGCUCUAACAGCCUUACAGUGUGAUCCUGUCACAAGUCUUGAGGCGAAAAAUUCAACUUUGAAUAUGACACGUGAUGGCAAUAAGUGCUACAGUGAAAAUGAUUGUGACAGAGACAAUUGCUUUGUUUGUAAUCCUGAUUUUGCCUCUAUAGUGAUGAGAAGCAAAGAGCCUGAGCUGUAUAGAAAUGGAUGUACACAGAGAAUUCGUGCUUUUGAAAGGAACCUUUUAGGCAGAAAUCUGCCACUUUCUGGGCAAGCUGAUGGUGUAAAGAAUCAGAUAUUUAUUGGAGUAGAUGAAGAAGAUAAGGAUAUGUGUAAACAACUCACUGCCAAGGUUGACAAUAUUUGUGAUGUAGAAAAAGGUCCAGAUAUAUUCAAGGAUAUUGAAGCUGCUAACAGGAUUAGGAAAAGACAAAGAAAAAGAAAUCUAUCUCGUUUUGGGCAAGCUGGUGGUGUGAAGAAUCAGAUAUUUAUCAGAGAAGAAGAUAACUGUAUUUGCAAAAACCUCACUGCCAUGGUUGAUAAUGGUUGUGAUGUAGAGAAAAGUCCAGAUGUAGACAAGGAUGAUAGAGUUGGUAUUCCUAGAAGACCAAGAAGAAAAAGAGCUGCUAGAUAUAGGAGACAUAGAGAAUGUAAGAGUUUUCAUCAUCAGGCUGUAGUAAACAAUGUUCAAACCAAGGAAGAAUAUAGGACAAUUGAUAAUAUAUCUCAGAAGGAUCCUGUGCCCAUAACGUCCUCAAAGUCACCUUUAAGUACAAGUGAAAUGAUCACACAAUCAGGAUCUGUAGAAGUUGCUGAAAGUGAAUUAGAAUUUGAUAGGACAUGUUCAUUCCGGAAUACAAAAAGCAAUAAGUUGUCAAUAGAUGAACUGGAGUUGACUGUUCAAGAUAUUGAAUAUGCAGAGAGUUCAGAGUUUCCAGUUAGCAAAACUGAUUUUGGGAUUGCCAGUGUAUUGCUGUCAAAUUCAAAUCCAAAAGAGCCUGAUGCGACCGACGCUGCUCCUACUCAAUCAAUGAGUAAUAAAUUUCUCAAGUACACAUUCCAAAGGAAAAGGAAGAGGAAAUUGCCAAGCAGCCCAGAUGGUGAUUCCUCUCUUAACAAUGGUAUUUUUAAGAGAAAGAUGGGGGAGAAACAAAGUAGUUCUAUGGAGUCACUUGAGUCGAGCAUGAUAACUGAAUCAUCAAGAGACAAUCAGAGGAUGGCACAGGUUGCUUGUCAGCUUAUAUCCUUGUCUGAAAAGAAGUGGCAGUAGAGUUUCAUUGAAGUCAUGUGGAUUCUGAAUUUGGACAAUGAAACCAAACCUUAUGAUCUGCAAUGUAGUUUCAAAGAUGGCGUAUCAUGAAGGAAGUCCGAUGAAAAUGGCAGCUAAAUUUUCAAGAAAGAGCAAUGGAUUCUUUAGCUUAUUUAAUAUUUGGGCAUUGUUAUAUCCAUCUAAUUUUCUGCAUUAUAGUAUUUCUUUGAUCUCUAUAGAGUAUUGAAGUUGUCAAGAUUUUGAACUAUUUGGUUAAAACAAUUGAAAUUUUUACCGAUUAUGCAAUGAUAUGAUACCAUUUGUAUUA